GCGAGUAGACCAUAUUACGUCACCAUAGUCCAUACUCUCUUAACAAACCGAUAUACGUACUAGACAAUCGAUAAACUCCGGUUCCUUUACUGACUACUUUAGCUUCUUCUUUUUUUGGGUGAAAGAAUAAGAGGGUCGAUGCGUCUUCAUUAGACUACACGCGUCUUACUGCAUGGCACCAAGUAUCAAGUGUAACUCAAACCUUUGUUUAUCUAUGUAGCUAUUUAUGUAUGAUUAUCAACAAUAACAACUAACAAGAACAAAUGGCUGAGAGCUUGCAAGAAGAACAAGAAGUGGACGAGAAAAUGGUGAGCUUGCAAGCCGAGAGUAUCGUCAACACUGUGGCUUUCCCCAUGGUUCUCAAAGCCGCCUUGGAGCUUGGCGUCAUCGACACAAUCGCUGCUGCAAGAACCGGCACAUGGCUCUCACCGUCUGAGAUAGCAGUUAGUCUCCCAAUCAAACCCACUAACCCGGAGGCGCCCAUGUUGCUGGACCGGAUGCUGCGGUUACUCGCCAGCCACUCCAUUUUGAAGUGCGGUAUGGUUGAAAGGAAAGAAAAUGGUCAAACCGGAAAGAUCGAGAGGGUAUAUGCAGCCGAACCGAUUUGCAAGUUUUUCUUGAAAGAUAGUGACGGCUCCGCUGGUUCAUUCUCGUCUUUGUUCUUUUUACUCCAUAGCCAAGUCAUUUUGAAGACUUGGACCAAUCUCAAGGAUGUGAUACUAGAAGGAAAAGAUGCAUUCAGCUCUGCCCACGGCAUGAAAAUUUUCGAAUACAUUAAUUCGGAUGGACAAUUCGCUGAGCUGUUUAGCCGGGCAAUGGUGGAAUCGUCCACUUUGGUCAUGAACAAAGUUCUAGAGUUUUACAGAGGAUUUGAAGAUGUUAACACUUUAGUGGAUGUAGGAGGAGGAGUUGGCACCAUAUUGGGUAUAAUCACUUCGAAGUAUCCUCAUAUCAAGGGUGUUAAUUUCGACUUAGCUAAGGUUUUAACUCAUGCUCCUUUUUAUCCAGGAGUCGAGCAUGUCUCCGGAGACAUGUUUAUAGAAGUUCCAAAGGGAGAUGCCAUCUUUAUGAAAUGGAUACUACAUGAUUGGCCGGACGAGCAUUGUAUAAAGAUUCUGAAAAAUUGUUGGAAGAGUCUACCAGAAAAAGGGAAAGUGAUCAUCGUAGAGAUGAUUACACCAAUGGAACCAAAGCGUAAUGAUUUUUCCUGUAACACUGUGUUGGGGAUGGAUUUGUUGAUGUUAACGCAGUGCUCGGGUGGUAAAGAGAGAUCUCUAUCGCAGUUCGAGAGUUUAGCGUUUGCGUCUGGUUUCCUUCGAUGUGAAAUCAUAUGUGGUCAUGCUUAUUCAUUUUCUGUUAUCGAAUUCCACAAUUAAAAUGUUUUGGCAUUUAAUGAGAUAUGCUAAUGAUACAUUAGUAUCAAUCGUAUCUCAUCAAAUCAAUACUUGUAAUUAGCCUAUGUUUAUAAAGGCAACUGCAUAUUCUUACCAUUAAAUAGCUAGGAUACAUUAGGUUAAUCUCUCGAAUGUAUAAAUAGAGGUUCAGCCUCAAGUGGAAAUCACACAGAAAACCCUUCACACUUA